ACAAAAUCAAUGCACCUACCAAUGUUUCUCCGCCGCUAUUUGACCAAACAGGUACUCAUCCUUGCAUUUGCUCUCUUCAGUAUAUUCGAAACCACCCACGUACUACACUGCUUGUCGGGCCCUACGACCGAGCCCGUUACUCGACGACCUGAACGAGUGUAUAUUGCUAGUAUACACUGGAACAACGAGCAGAUUCUGCGAAACCAUUGGAAUAAUGCUGUAGUAGCUCUAACAGAAGCACUUGGUAGAGAAAACGUUUUCAUUACAGUAUACGAGAGCGGGAGUUGGGAUGACAGCAAAAGCGCCCUAAGGGAACUCGACAUGACACUGGAAAGGCUUGAGAUCAGGCGAAACAUAACCUUGUCGGAAACUAAUCAUCUAGAUGAGAUAUCUGUAGUAAACAAGACUUCUGGUUGGAUUAACACACCUACAGGGAGAGAGCUCAGGCGGAUACCCUAUCUUUCUCGACUCCGCAAUUGGACCUUGGAGCCUUUACAGGAGCUAGCUCGUCAAGGGGAGAGAUUUGACAAGAUACUUUUCUUGAACGAUGUGGUAUUCACAACAGACGAUGUCUUCCGAUUACUCAAUACAAACGACGGAGACUUUGCAGCCGCUUGUUCACUAGACUUCAGUCACCCCCCACAGGUGUAUGAUACAUUUGCGCUUAGGGAUGUCGAGGGUCAUGAGAUGCUCAUGCAGACAUGGCCUUAUUUUCGGGCAAGGGAAUCUCGGCGAGCAAUACUGGCGAACGAUCCAACGCCGGUGACUAGUUGUUGGAAUGGUAUGGUCGCAAUGCCUGCUGAACCCUUUGUUUCGAGUCCUCCACUACGCUUCCGGGGCAUCUCGGACUCUCUUGCAACCUCGCAUCUCGAAGGAUCUGAAUGUUGCCUGAUACACGUGGACAAUCCUCUUCGUAUUGAGAAGCAAACAUACGUGAACCCGCAGGUGCGUGUAGGCUAUAACGGUAAGGCAUAUGAUGGAAUGCAUCCACAAAAGGUGUUAUUGUCCUCCUGGCAAGUUUUCAAAGCCUUGUGGGAAAACCGCAUCCGCCGAUGGAUCACAUCACCUUUGCUCAAAGAAUGGAGCGUGCGGGGAAGAGUUGGACAUGAAGAAGAUGGAAAGAUUUGCCUUGUCGAUGAGAUGCAAGUGCUUCGCGGGAACGGGUGGGCACAUGUAUGAGACAUGUGAAAAGACGGGGGGGUGUUCGAGGCAUUCGCGACUGGAUCCACACCAGCAACAGAUGUGAAGCAAUGACACUAAUGUGUGUUGCUGGUGCCUGAAGUAUGCAUUCAUCUGACGCGCCGCAUCACCUAUGGAGCGAAACUUGAGAGGUUUUGUUGCAAUGACGAGGGAACAAGUCAUGUGUUGAUCAUUACUCAUGCCCGUCCAAACACCAUGACCCAUGGUUGGCUUCCAUUAUAUCGAUUUCCAUCUCAAUACUCAAACGUCUGUCCUACAAGUUUUUCGCUCAACUUCCACAACUUCUCUUCGUCCCCGGGAGGCGUUGCAGUCGGCUGCACGUCAUCAGACAAAUUUCCGUCCUCCAGAUACACACCGUUGUAUGCAUCGAGCCGCGGG